AUGAGGAACCACACCAUCACAACUUUCAUCUUACUGGGACUGACAGAUGAGCAGCAGCUGCAGGUUCUUGUCUUUCUCUUUCUCUUCUUUACCUACUCACUGAGCAUAACUGGAAAUCUGACCAUCAUUUCCCUCAUCUUACUGGACCCUCGCCUUAAAACGGCCAUGUACUAUUUCCUGAGAAGCUUUGCUCUCUUGGAGAUCUCAUUCACAUCUGCAAGCAUUCCCAGAUACUUGUAUAGCAUAGCAACGGGUGACAAAAUUAUUACCUAUAAUGCCUGUGUCGGCCAAGUAUUUUUCACUGACCUCUUUGGUGUGACUGAAUUUUUUCUUCUAGCUGCCAUGUCCUAUGACCGCUACGUGGCCAUCUGCAGGCCUCUGCACUAUGUGACUAUCAUGAACCCCACAGUCUGCAGGAGUCUUGUAUUCUGUUCUUGGGUAGCUGGCUUAUUUAUUUUAAUUCCCCCACUUAGCCUCGGCCUAAAGCUGGAGUUCUGUGAUUCUAAUAUCAUUGAUCAUUUCAUC